ACUUCAGUAGCUCAGAGUACGUACUGACUGGCAGGCAGAGAGCUGCUCUUCCGCCCCUCCCCCACACCCUCCACAGCAGCCUCUAAAAUCUCUCUGUCUUUCUCUCUCCUAUGUGAGUGUGUCUGAUUUUUUUCUGCAGAGCGGGGCUUUCUCUGAUAGGAACAGCUGUUUUAUACCUUCCCAACAUAAUCUCAGCCGCAGAAAUAAAGAGAUGGGAAAGCAGCAGCUUUGACAGCAUAGCAGAUUUCUCUUCUGCUUGUCCCCCUCUCCAAAUUUGGGAUUCUUGUUUUUCCCUAUAUAUAUUUUUCCCCCGAAAAGGUCUAAGCUGUUCCCUCUGUUAAUUUACAUCUUCUUCUCUUUUCUUGUGGUUCCUUUUAUAAUUGGGGGAAAGAAUCUAGCUCACCUGCACGUCAGCAAGUACUUUUGGAAAAGAAGAAUUUGUUUUCCACCAAAUUUCCAUGGAGAUUGCUCAGACCAGGCUGCAGCAAAAUUAUCAUUAUUGGCCAUUCCUUUGUUUUCUGGGCAGCAGAACGGGUGACGAUUCAUUUUCAUGGCGGUAUGUUAGAUCUUUUCCCAGUGAAAUAGGAAUUCAUCUGGAGUCACUUUAGAGGCAAAAAUUACAUUCAUGAAUAUACCUUGUCAAACUGUUUACCAUCUGGAAGAAUAGCUCCACAUGACGUCACACUGAGAAGGUAUACAAAAGCAAUAAGAAGGCAUAGGCAUUGGUUCUUGAUGUGGCCUGACAUUCAAGUACUCUAUGGGAUUCUUGUUGUUACAUCUCAGACAUCUACAUUUUCCCAAAACUGUUUGUGUGGAUUUUGAUUCUCAAGACUGGGAUUAAGGUAACCUGAAAGGUGGCUGACAUGAAGACAAAAGGAAGAGCUGCGCAGUCCGGGGACACACGACCAACUUGUUACAAUGGAAACCACAUCAGCUUGUCAACACACACCCAGAAUAGACACUAAAAUAACUGGACAAAACACUUUUGAGACCACAAACUCAGUUAGUAACAUACUUUUCUGACUGUAAAAAUCAGAAAUAGAGAAGACAUAUAUAGACGUCAUCAUGAAGGACCUUCUGCAAGUUUUGCUAGCUUGUAUUUAUGGGUGUUACUUAGGUCAUGCAACUUUGAUAGUACAAGUACCAUUGCAAAUGAUGCCAUCACCACCGCCGGUGCCACAGGGAAGUUCACAGGGAUUAGAACGAUCGCUGCUCCGAACACGAAGAAGUUGGGUUUGGAAUCAGUUCUUCGUCAUUGAGGGAUACUCCGGGCCUGAGCCGGUCCUUAUUGGAAGGUUACACACUGACAUGGACAAAGGGGAAAACAAGAUUAAAUAUAUUCUUACAGGAGAAGGCGCUGGAACUGUUUUUGUCAUUGAUGAGAAAACAGGAAACAUCCAUGUGACGAAGACUCUGGACCGUGAGGAGAAGCCACAGUACACUCUUCUGGCACAGGCAGUUGAUAGACAGACGAACCGCCCUCUGGAACCUCCCUCUGAGUUCAUCAUCAAAGUCCAGGACAUUAAUGAUAACCCACCAAUGUUCUUGCAUGGACCCUACCACGCUACUGUACCAGAAAUGUCCAAUGUGGGUACAUCAGUGAUCCAAGUCACAGCAAGUGAUGCUGAUGACCCGACCUAUGGGAACAGUGCCAGGCUAGUGUACACUGUGCUAGAAGGACAACCAUUCUUUUCUGUGGACCCACAAACAGGUAUAAUCCGUACAGCAAUCCCAAACAUGGACCGAGAAACACAAGAUGAGUUCCUUGUGGUGAUCCAGGCAAAAGAUAUGGGUGGGCACAUGGGAGGUCUUUCAGGAACAACAACAGUGACAGUAACACUUCUAGAUGUCAAUGACAAUCCUCCGAAAUUUCCACAGAGUCUGUACCAGUUUUCGGUUCCUGAGUCCAUUACUCCAGGAUCCUUGGUUGGACGCUUGAAAGCUCAAGAUCCAGAUAUUGGUGAGAAUGCAAUGAUGUCUUACAACAUUCUGGAUGGAGAAGGAGCAGACAUAUUUAAUAUCACUACUGAUCACCAGGGACAAGAAGGCAUGAUUAUUUUAAAAAAGUCUCUUGAUUUUGAGAGCCAGAGGUCUUACAGCUUUAGAGUGGAAGCAACAAACACCUUUAUUGACCCACACUACAUCCGGAAAGGACCUUUCAAAGAUGUCACUACAGUGAAAGUGGAAGUGAUGGAUGCAGAUGAGGUGCCGGUGUUUUCUCAGCCAAGUUACAACAUGGUGGUAUACGAAAACAGUGCCGUCGGGACUAUUGUAGGGAGAGUAAGUGCCUGGGACCCAGACUCUCACAGCAGUAUUAUCAGGUAUUCAAUCAACCAGCACACAGACCCAGAGAGAUACUUCACCAUCAGUCCACAAAAUGGCACAAUAUUUACUGCAAUGACUCUUGACAGGGAAACAGUGAUGUGGCAUAACAUUACCGUUAUAGCAACUGAAAUUGACAGCCCUUCACAGGCAUCCCGGGCUUUAGUGGCAAUCCAGACACUGGAUAUGAAUGAUAAUGCCCCUCAAUUUAAGGAGCCUUAUGAAGCCUUCAUCUGUGACAAUGCACGUCCUGGUCAGUUGAUUCUAACAAUUGGAGCUGUUGAUCCUGAUGAAAUGAGCAACAACAGUCGAUUUUCCUAUCGGGUUCCUCCUGAUUACUCCACUGACAGGAACUUCACUAUUAAGGAUAAUCAAGAUAACUCCGCCAGUGUGCUUGUACAGCAGAAUAAGUUUGCACAGAACCGAAGAGAUAUCUACCUUGUGCCCAUUGUUAUCAGUGAUGGUGGUACGCCUCCCCUCAGCAGCACCAAUACGCUGACCAUCAGCAUAUGUCGCUGUGGCCUGGAUGGUACGAUCCAGUCCUGUAACAUGGAAGCUUAUAUCUCUCCUGCAGGCCUAAGCACAGGUGCACUUGUUGCUAUUUUGGCCUGUAUUGCUACUCUGCUAGCAAUAGUCGUGCUUUUUGUGGCUUUGCGUAAACAGAAGAAGGAGGCAUUAAUUGUUUAUGAGGAAGAGGAUGUCCGUGAAAACAUUAUCACUUAUGAUGAUGAAGGUGGAGGGGAGGAAGAUACUGAAGCCUUUGAUAUCACUGCACUCCAGAAUCCAAAUGCUGCCAUUGGUCCCGGAAUGGCAGGUGGCUUUUUUACAGCAGCAGUUGCUACUGCCAGGAGAGAUGUUAAACCUAAGCGGAGUCCAGCAGUCAGACGCAGCAAUCUCCUGGCCAACAAUACCCUGGGAGUAGAAGAGUUUUUAAAGCUGCGUCUGUAUGAAGUAGAUGAAGAUCCUAGUGUUCCACCAUAUGACUCUAUCCAAAUCUAUGGCUAUGAAGGACAAGGUUCCUCAGUGGGAUCCCUCAGCUCACUGGAUUCCAGUACCACAGACACAGAUGUGAGCUAUGAGCACCUUGAAGACUGGGGACCACGUUUCCACAAACUUGCUGAUUUAUAUGGUGCAAAAGACACAUCUUGUUAUCCUUAACAUUAGAACCUUAAGAAAUGGAGUUGUGGAACCAAACAAAUACUAAACCUGGCUCAUCAAAAAGUGGCCUAAAGAAUGGUCAGACACUUAAUUGCCAGAAAAAAAUCCACUCACUGUGCAAUACUGAACUGAAAUGAACUCAUUUUUGUUAAAAAUGUUUUAUCUGCUUGUUCUGUCUUUUUUGUCAAAGUAACAGUUUUCUUGCUGUUCAUUCCAUUUUGUCAUCUCUACUUGCACCAAGUCUUGGUGAUAUGGAAUUUGAGAAUACAUGUAGUAAUUACAUCCAUUCAUGGUGCAUCCUGAGAUUGCCAAUUUUUUCAGGUUUUUAUGUUAAAAAUAAAAGAAACAUGCAAGUGAAGGGCAACUCUUAUGGCCGAAAAAAAAUUGUUUAUGAGCAUGCAGAUAUCUUUUCUUUUUUGUUUCAUUUUCCUAUUUCCAAAAGUAUUUGGUUUCCCCCUUUAGUAAAACAAUACUGAAAUUUUUCACAUCUUAGUGCCUUUUUAGAGUACUGAACCCCUUUGUUAUCUGACACGAUUUUGUGUGUUAGUAAUGAAAUAUAUUAUGGCAGUGGCAGGAAAUCUGCAGGUGGCAUUUAGCUCCUGAGGACCACUUAGGCUUUCCCUUGCAGUCACUGAGGAAAAAAGGCACGCUACUUUGCAUUUGUAUUAAUGGCCUGUCUGAAGCAUUACAGAUACUUCUUUUGUUCCAUUUUAAAUUUUGUUGUGAAUUUCUCAUGCCCUUUGUGUUUUACCAGGUUAAUCCGCAAAUAUGAAAUGAACAUUAUGGAAAUAAUUAACAUGCAGUUUUCUUAAUGGAGAGCUACAGUGCUAAAGGGUAUAAACAUAAUAUCUCAGUGUCCCUUUGAUUACUCAAUGCAGAACAGUUAUGUUCUAUGUCACAAUCCGGGUUACCUUAGGCUUUCCACUGAAUUAUAAAUGUGUGUCACUUUUGUGGAAAUAUAUACCUUUUUUUUUUUUAACAAUGGCAGAGAAUGCAGUUCUGGGAGCUCUAAAAGUCUAUUUUAACUAACCAGCACAAGUCAAACCACAUCAAGCUUCGGGACUAAUACUGACAACGAACAUACAGCAUGCAACACUGUAAAACAUUUCCCUGUUAUCCUUAAGGAACCUAAAACCUGCUGUAACCUGCAGGCUUGAAUGCUUCAGACAAUUGAAUAUAUGGCCGAACAUGAUUUUUAUGGUUGCUUGAAAACCAUAUGAUGAUCAAAUAGUUCUGAAUGAUUAAGUAGCCUGUUGAUUACAAUGUAGCUAAUGUCACACAAAAGCCACUGACCUAAUCCAGAGGCUCUUACAUGGAAUCAGGAUGCUAGCUUAAUGUGAUAAAAAUAAAUACUCUAUAUAGCCCCAUUUUUAUAUGUACACAUCUCUCUUAAGAGGUUUCAAGAGAAUUGUAAAAACUAAAGUUAAAAUAAUUUUCAAUAAAAUAUCUAAAUGCCUUUUUUUCUGGUAAAAUUUGUGACUUAAGAUGCAUAAAUGCAAAAUAAUUUUGUAAAGUAACUUUUAAGAUGCAACAAUGUAUGCAGACUUAACUUUUGAAGAUAAGUACAAAAACGUGGAUCUCUUUGAGCUGA